AUGCGUUCGGCUUUGAUGAUCAGUCUGGGCGCCCAGCUCGCCUUGGGCUACUUCACGAACUCCUCGGAACCUCUGCAAAACAAGCUCGAUGUCCACCCGCUGCUUGUUGGCGACUUCAGGCUCUUUGGGUGCGUGGCAUCGACGGCCGGCUUUCCCAACUUUAAGAAGGUUGCUUCUACGAAUCUCAUGAACCUGGACUUUUGCGCAGCUAGCUGCCCAGGCAAGUUCUUUGGCACUUCCGACAGGGAUUGUUACUGUGGAGAUGAGCUUGAUUUUGCGACUGCAGGCAAGAUUGGCGAGGAUCUGUGCAACACUCCUUGUCCGGGAGAUAAGCAUCAGACCUGCGGUGGUCUCGCCGCUGCUGCUCGUUUGGCUCGGGAGAAACAGAAGCCUCUGUCUGUUGUCUUGAGCUUAUACGUCAGAAUUCAUGGUGAGGAGCACCGCGACGACCACGAGUAUCAUCACGAUGAUCACGAAUAUCACAACGACGGCGAUCAGUGGAAUCACACUUAUGGAACUACGCCCACUCGUCCUCACCAUACCUUCACAAGCACCAUCACGAGCACCAAGACCAGCACCAUCACAUCUUGCCCGUCUUGGGUCCAGCACUGCCCCGUCGGCCACAAGACGACCGAAAUCGUGACCGUCACCACCGAGCUCUGCCCCAAGCCCGAAUGGCACAAGAAGAAGAUUGUCUGCUACGGCGGCCACUGCGCCCCCGAGGAGCCCUGUCGUGAAGAGCACUGCGAACGUCACCGCGUCAUCUGCAACGGGGACGACUGCUAUCCCGAGGCCUGCACCGACAAGAAUGAGUGGCAUAAGCUGGUCAUCUGCGAUGGCAAGGAUUGCCGCUACCACCAGUGCGCCGGCGACGAGUGCAGCUCCAAGAUUGUCUGCUACGACGGCAAGUGUGCCAAGGAGACGUGCUACGGCGACGAGUGCCGCAACAAGUUCGUCUGCAAGGGCUUUGAAUGCGGCCACGAGCGCUGCAACGGGGAUGACUGCCACAGAUAUGAAGUCUGUAAUGGAUCCGGCGCCGAUUGUCAUCCUCGACCCCCUUGCGAUGGCGCAACUUGCCCUGUUCCUCCUCCUCCUGCGCCUAGACCUCAGCCUCCCGCUCCCACGCACGACCGUCCUGGCCCGCCUAACCCUCCUGUUCAUCCUACCACUGCUCACGGCUGGCCUCACCCGACUCAGCCUCCUGUUGUUGCCGGCUCGACAAAGCUGGGGGCCACAGUUUUGACUGCCUUGCUGAGCUUCGUCUUCUUCCUGGGCCUAAAUGCGAAGCGACACAACACCAUCCGACGGAACAAUACAGUGAAUGCCUGUAGUUUCUAA